GUCUUUUCUCUCCACUUACUCACGAGUGUGGGCUUUUAAAAUCUUUCCCUCGACUCCACCCAAAUCCUCGCCGGCGACAGAAAACCCUAGAUUCGAUUCACCGCCGGUUCCUCCACCAAUGUCGUCGUUCAAUCUAUUCUCCACCCCACAACAGCCCCAGCAGCAAACAGCAACUCCUUCCCCCUUUCAAACUCAAUCGUUUCAGCCGCAGACCAAUUCCUUCUUCUCCCAACCUCCACAGCAGCAGCAGCAGCAAACGCCGUCGUUUCAGCCGCAACAGUUCCAACAACAACAACAACCACAACAGCAAGUACAACAGCUGUAUCUCUUCACGAACGACAAAGCUCCGGCGAGUUACAGCACCAAGUGGGCCGAUCUUCACCCCGAUUCUCAGAAACUCCUCCUUCAGAUCGAAGGGAAGAUAUUAGAGUACAGAAGCGAGAGUCAGAGGCUAGACCAAUGCAGUCGUCUUUACGAUUCCUCUGUUUCAACCGAAGGGUUCGAGUUUGAUGCUAGCCGCAUUGUUCAGGAGCUUGGUGGGAUUAACACUACCAUGGACAGACAGAAAGCUGUUCUCCACGAGCUUAUGGUGGUUGUUAAAGACAUGCUGCGUGAUUCCGAGGUUGCUGUUCGGUCUUUCAUUAUGCUACAGCCAAGAUUCCCUCAAUCUAAGCCACGUGGAGGAGGAGGAGCUGCUACUGGUUCUGAGGCGCAGGGAGCUAACCAGGCUGCUGCUUCCUCUGGUCAUCAACAGCAAGGAGUUGCUUCCGUUGUUCAAGUUUCUGAUUUUUACCGUGGGGUUCCGAGGAAGCCCACUGUUUUCUUACAGCAGACGGUUGCGAGGUUUGAGAAGUAUCUAGGCGAGUGUAGACAGUGGGUUGAGGAGCUGGAGCAGCUGCUUGCUUUGGAUUCCGACAAGUUUAGUCGGCAUGUUUCUCUUUUGGAGUCUCUUCCGAAAGUCAUCUCUAAUGUCCAUGACUUCUUUGUUCAUGUCGCUGCUAAGGUUGAGAAUAUUCACCAAUACAUUGAGUCGAUGAGGACGGCGUAUCUUGCUGACCAGCGUCGGAGAGGAGAGUGCCAUGACCCGUUUCUUGAGGCGGAUCGGAGGGAAACAGCGAAACAAGAAGCUGCUGCUAAAAGAGUCCACCCAACUCUUCAUCUACCUGCUAAUACUGCUACAAGUACACAAACCUCAACCCAAGUUGCUGGAUUGAUUACCAGCUCAAAUGCUCCACCAGCAUCUGCAGCCUUUCCAACACCAAACCCUUCUUCAGGAGGCGGGUUGUUUCUUAGCACGCCUGCUUCUGCUGCACCUGCGACUUCUCUCUUUGCUACACCAUCUUCUGCUGCUCCUAGCUCUUCUUUGUUUGGAGCAGCAGCUACUCCUUCGCAGACACCACUCUUUGGUUCUUCACCGGCUUCUACAUUUGGUUCUGCUCCAUCUUUGUUUGGACAGCCAACUCCAUCAAUUGCUGCUACGCCUUCACAGUUUGCAGGUAUUACACCGGGUUCAGGAGCCAGCUUCGGUUCUAUGACUAAAUACUCAAGGCCAAAAUCUAGAACUUCCCGCCGUUAGCAACUGGAUUCUUCUCAAGUUCCAUCUCUCAGCCUGACCACACAUCAUCACAUCUCUUGAGAGUUCAUCUAUUUCGCUUGGUGUUGUUUAGUUUGGUGAAAGUGGG